AUGGAAAAAAAGGAUAGCGAUUCCAUAAUUUGCAUUGGAAAAGAACUUGAUGAAUGCGAGCACCUAUUUGCCAUAAUUAACAUUUCAUCGGAGCAGCCCCCUCCGAAGUGGCCGGAAUGUUGUAUCUACAGGGUUCCCAAGAAUCUACGCAAGAUAAAUGAAGAAGCCUACACCCCGAAGUUAAUCUCAAUCGGCCCCUUUCAUCAUAGUGGAAAUGAAUUCAAGGACAUGGAAAAGCACAAAGUGAGACAUUUUAAGGAUUUCUUGAAACGAACCAGGAAGAGCAAGGAGGAUCUUCUGGAGAUCGUUAAAGUCGACAAAGAAAAAAUCAGUCAUUGCUAUUCAGAAGACUGUAUACUCGGAAGUGAUAAUCAUUUUGUGAAAAUGAUUCUAUUGGAUGCCAUCUUUAUAAUUGAGCUCUUCUUAAAGCUUGAAGAUGAAGAAGAAGAUUAUAUUCAACUUAACCCAUGGAUGUCCAAUGGUAUAGUAAAUGACUUGAUAUUACUUGAGAAUCAAGUUCCUUUCUUUAUUCUUGAGAAAUUAUAUAUGUUCGCCCUCAAUGACUCUCCCAGUUACAACUAUGGUGAAGAAGGUGACAAGCAAAUUGUGAAACAGGAUGCUCCCAGCUUUCUUAGGCUUUCCUGCAAUUUCUUUAAAUACUAUGAUAAGCGAAAAGACUCCAUCAUCGACAACAAGGAAGUAAAACAUUUCACAGAUUUGCUAAGAUACUUUUUUUGUUCAGUACCAGGCCUGCAGAUGAAACCUAACAAAGGUGAUGAUCUGGAUAGUCGAAUUUGUGCCACAAAGCUUGAGGACGCAGGAUUGAAAUUCAAAGUCGUAGGUAAAAAUGAUAGACGCUUACUGCUUGAUAUAAGAUUUGUUAUGAAUCCGUGCUUGAGAAACUUUCCAUGCUUCAAUUUGUCAUGGCUCUUGGCUUGUUUACCAUGCUUGAAAAAGACGUUUCCGAGGUUGGAGCGUAUGCAGCCUAUCUUGGAAAUCCCAGUCAUUGUCAUUGACGACAAUACUGAAGUUACUUUCCGAAACCUCAUCGCCCUGGAGCAGUGUCAUUAUCCAUUUCAACCUUACAUAUGCAAUUAUGCAGAACUAUUGGACUAUCUAAUCAACAGUGAAAAAGAUGUGGAUUUGCUCGUUGAGAAAAGGAUCAUUGAUAACUGUAUCGGUAGCAACGAAGCAGUGGCGAAACUAAUUAACAAACUUUGCCUUGAGAUUACGGUACCUCAAACCUGUUACUCCGAUUUAGGUAAAGAUAUUAAUACAUACAAUGAGAACCCUUGGAAUCGCAUCAUGGCAGGCAUGAAAAGCAAGUUUUUUUGUGAUUUUUGGAGAGGCGCGGCAACAACAUUUGCAAUUUUUGUCACGCUUGACCAGAUAUGGGGUUUGGUUCGACCUUUUGUGAUAAACAAAUAA